ACAGGGCACAGCAGACAGAUCCAAAUGAUCAUCUGGCGGAGUAUUAUCUUGGACUUCAGUAUGCUUACAAUGGACAGUUAACAGAAGCAGUAGCACAUGUGAAAUUGGCAUUGAAUUUAAAUGCUGAGCAUGUUCCUUCCCUUCAGCUUCUUGUGUUACUUUUAUCAGCGCACAAGCAGACUGCUGAAGCCCUGCAACUGUUGGAUGCUGUUAUACAAGAAUAUCCUGAUAACAUGAACUUGCAUUACACGAAGGCACAGCUAGAGCUACAACAUCUUGGAGGAGAGCAAGCACUCCAUACAGCUGGAAAUAUGUUGGCACUAUGGAAAAACUUGUAUGAAGAACAAAUACAGGCAGAUGUAAUGGAACAAUCAGAUAGACGUAGUGAGACCCGUAGCGUUUUCCAGAUGUACUCAUCAGAAUUAUCUGAUAAGGACUCUAGUUCUCUGCAUGCUCAGUCACUAGCAGCUUCAAGAGUAGAGCAUGCUCUGUCAGAAGUUGCGUCAUCACUCAGCUCCUUUACUCCCCGGCCAGGUCCACAAAAGGCCUGGUUACUGCAAGUGCAGAUUUGGCUGCUUCUUGCUGAAAUAUACCUUUCUGUCGACAACAUUCCUGAGGCUGUGGAAUGUAUUCAAGAAGCACAGAAUAUAUUUCCCAUGUCACAUAACAUUAUGUGCAUGCGAGGGCUUCUACAUGAACGGAAAAAGGAAUUUUCUGAAGCUAAGUUAUGCUUCCAGAAUGCAAUUGCUAUCAACCCAACACACACGAAAAGCAUGCAGCACUUG